GAAGGCAGUUCCUAUGCUGUUGACAAGAAUAUGUCGACAAUGGAGGGAGGUUGCUUUGGGUACCCCCGGUUUGUGGCACGGACUAUCUGUGGGCAAAGACUGGCAGCGGGCAGCCUUCUGCUAUGAGGCAUGGCUCAAGCGAUCACUGAGGGCGUCCGCUCUCGUUGGAACUCCAGUGUCACAAAAAUAACUGGACCGAGCUACGAAGCCUUCUUCAGCCCUACAUAAAUCAAGUCUCAUCUCUGUCUCUUAAUUUUAACCACAACGACCUCCAACCUGAGGUUAUGAUAUCGGACUUCCUAGCACUUGAGGAGCUGACCAUAUCAUUGGAUUGUUCUAAUCCUGAGGCUACCGUCAUACAGUCUAUCUCGCAACCGCCAUGCACUCUGCGCAGUCUCACGGUAAAUGGGGUGUUCUUCGACACGGAGUACGCAUCUACAUUUAAUCCCACCUGGGCCCACCUCACAAAUAUCGAGAUCGACCUAGACGAACCAAUUACAUUCCUCCGAUUACUCCGUUUAUGCCCCAGCCUCUCCUCCUUGAUGAUAUAUACAUCAUUCAACGCCAUGGAAGCGUUGGAGCCAUUCACGCAUACCCAACUCCAAUCCUUACGGAUCGUUUCCGACGAUGUUAUGACAACGACACAGACCGUCUUAACCUACUCGAUACCCUCUCACUGCCCAAUUUGCACGUUCUCGAAGCUCACUUAUACUCUCAUGGUCGUCAUGAGGAAUUCAAGGCAUUUUUGACGCGGUCAAAGUGUCCCCUGGAGAGCCUGACUUUCGGCUUCGGUGUCGAUAACAGAUGAGCAGCAAGCGGAAUACGUUGCCCUUAUUCCUUCUCUCAAAGUACUAGUAAUGAGAUGAGUUAUUCCUUGCAUUUGAGG